UUCCCUUCACUCGGGUCAUGACAGCACAGACCCAGCUAAGAACAGGAAGGACACUGACCGUUUGUGUUCCUUUCAGAUACACACUCCAAAACAGAAGCGUCGCCUUCAGAUCCAGCAGCAAUGAGGCUGGCUUUGGUCCUCUCCUUCCUCUCAGGAGCCUACUCUGCUGUUGUCUGGGGUCCAGGGGAGGUGAGGGUCUUGGUGGGUGACAGCGUGACUGUCCCCUGUAGAUAUACAGGUUAUGAUAAGAAUGAGAAAUACUGGUGCAAAGAAAAUACAUUUGGGCCUUGUAGCGAUUUAGUGAAGACUGACGGCACCACCAAAGACGAAAGAAUGUCGAUUAGAGAUAAUAAAACAGAGAGAGUGUUCUAUGUAACUAUGAAGGAUCUGAGAGAGGAGGACAAUGGAUGGUAUCAGUGUGGAAUAUCAGUACCAAUAUGGAUCGACGAAAUGAGUCCAUCAGUGUACAUCAGUGUCAAAAAAGCUGCGACAAUACCAGAUCUCUGGGGCCCGGUGAAUGUAAUUGGGCAAGCAUUCAGCAGUGAAACAAUCAGAUGUCAGUAUUCUGCAGAUUACACCAAUAGUGUUAAAUACUGGUGUAAAAAAGCUGGUGAGGACGGAUGCAGCCCUGUGGUGAACACUGAAAAUAAAGAGAGAGAAAAUAGAACCCAGAUCAGAGAUGACCGUUCCAACAGACAGUUCCUGAUCACCAUCAGUAACCUCACAGCUCAGGACACUGGCGUGUACUAUUGUGGAGCGAGGGGACAUUCCUCCCUCGGUGGCAAUCGGGUUCCGGUGCACCUGAAUGUUAAAGCAGACCAUUCUGAAAUGUCAACCACAUCCAAGACUCUAGUAGAAUCAACUCCUGCAUCCACAGUAGGAAAACCAGAAAAGGGGAAUUGGAGGUCAACAGAAAAACAAGAAGGACCAGCAAUAGCAAAGAAUCCUCCGGUCACAGGGGGGCCGAAGCCUAUCCCAGAAUGCACUGGGCCCGGGGCCGGAAUGCACCCUGGACAGGACACCAAUCCAUCGCUGGCCUGUUUUUGCAUCCAAGGUCAAACGACUCCAGAUGGGUGAGCUUGGCCCUUUAUCCUCCCCCUUUCCAUACCAGGGAGGGAUCGCAUCUGACGCCAUGUUCCUUUGGACUCUCAAAACUUAUUUCACAUGAUGACUAAAUGCUGGCUCCUCAUUUAGAGUAUUUUUUCAAGACCAAGAGAAUGUGGGUUAAUGUUAGGUUCUUGUGUGCUUAUUCAGUAUUUAUGAUAUGUUAGACAUAACCAAUCAUUUACUGUUAUAUUUCGCUAUAUACUUAUGUAUUAACCAAUCACCAGUCAGAUUUAGAAUUACGCAUGUUUGAGCAAAACCAAUCAUGUACUUUUACUUUCAGUUAUAAGAAGAGGGCAGCGCCCCUGCUCUUCAGUUCAUAUUUGUGCUCUUUGCUGUGUGUAAGUGCCAGACUCUAUCUGCAGAAAUAAAACCUGUCUCUCACGUGGA